AUGACUGUAGGAUAUCAGUAUCCCAUAAACGUCAGAAAAAGUGGAAAGGUUUUUGUCUUGUCAGCCAAGGAAAAAAAGAAGAAAGUGUUCCAUCUGAAGUAUUCAUGUCUGGCUGAUAUGUACGUAAGAGUGUCAGAUGAUAAGGCACUCAUCCAUGCAUGGGAUAGCGGGGUAUACAUGGCGGAGAAUGUACAGCGAAAUAAAAAUGUGAAAGAGGCAUUUCUUUCAAGAGUGGCCAAUACAUCAGCAGAAGAAAGUGCAUCUAUAUCUUGGAAGUUUGAUUUUGGUAAAUACAAGAUGGAUUUUGGUGCAUUGAGAGCAACUAGUUGUACUUUUCGUAGUAAUGCGUCAGUGACUUGGAGGAUCCACGAUGGAGCCAAUACAAAUAGAUUUAUCAUACCCAAUGGAGGUGAGAAUCCCAUCAGUCUACACAAAUUAACAGGUGCAUCGUCAUUAGUGCUGUCUGCAUUUCUUAGAGGGGGUAUAGGAGAUGAGGCAUGCUUUCAAACAAGACUUUUUAAUGAAUCUCUAGAUGCUUUUAAAGAAUUUCCAUUAGAAAUCUGGGUAAGAGUUCGACCCAGGGAAGGUAUUGAGAAAUGGGAAAAGCCAAAAGGCAAGUCAUUUACUUUAACCAAGAAGGAGCGCGACAAGGGAGAGUUUCAUUUGAGGUACUCUUCUGCUAGUGAUAAGUAUAUCAGGGUAUCUGACGAUGACAAACAAAUAACUGGCUGGCAAAAUGGAGUCUAUGCCGAAGAAGAUAUCUGUAGGAAAGCUGAAUAUGAUUCUCAGAAGGCCUACUUGUCUAGAAAGAAUAGCCAAACACCAGAUGACACUUCCUUUAUUUCGUGGAAGUUUGAUUUUGGUGGUUAUCAGCUUGACUGUGGCAGUUUGUUGGCAUGCAGCUCAUUGCAUCACAAGAGUGCAAGUGUGUUGUGGAAAUUGGAAGAUGGUAUGAAUCCUGAUCGCUAUGUAAUACCUACAGGUGCCAAAGAAGUAAUGAACCUUGAAGAACUAAAAGGGGCAUCAUCUCUAGUACUAUCUGCAUUUAUGUGUGGUGGAGUUAGUAGUGGAGGUGUCGCUUGGCAGCAUACUCAGCUCUUCCGACAAAAUAUUACCAGUCAUGAUAAAUAUCCAUUUGAAAUUAAAUUACAGCUCACCAAAAGUGUUACAAUAUUUGAUAAGGUUGAAGAGCUGAGCAUAGCUGCCAUGAACAAUGAUAUUGAAUAUCUGCAUGAAGUUUUAAACUGUGUGAAAGAAGAGUAUGGGGUAUCAGAACUCAGUAUUAUACAUACAAAUAGCCAAGGAGACACUCCCUUGCAUGUAGCAAUGAAAUAUGGUGCAUUGGAGGCAGCAAAAUGUUUGAUUGAUACUUUUCCAUCGCUGCUGAAUUUAGUGAACAGAGACAAUGCACUCCCAAUGGAGUAUGCAGAUGACCAGAUGAAAACCAUGUUAGGAAAGAAUCAAGAAAACUUGGAACCACCAUGUAAUUCAUCACAGACUGAUACAACAACAAACAACAAUGUCAACAGCAAUGAAGAACCGAUGAAAAGCGAACCUGUGAAAAAUGAACCAGAAACUGCUUUGAAGGCUUCGCUGGAACCAAAAGAAGAAAAAACCUGUACUGCCACUACUCAACUACAUGACGUAAAAAAUCUUAAUUCUGAUCACAAGGAAGUAAAACCAAAGCUUGAAAGACAACAGGGUAAAAAGUUAGAACAAAUUGAGAGCAAAGUGAAAAGUAAAGAAGUUACCAAAAUAAAACAAAAAACUAAAACUAUGAAGGAAUCGGAAAAUGUUAAAAAGGCAGACAGGACUGUGUUUAUGAAAUCAAAAAAAGUUGGUACAGACCUCCAAGGCGAUGUGAUUGAUUGUGGGGUAAAUACAUGUCGCGUUGUUGUUGAAGACGUACCGAAGAAACAAGAAGAAAUUAAAAUAAACACUGAAUUUUCUGAGAAAGAGGAAUCUAUCACUACAUGUACUGAGGAUAGUGAACUUGAACAAUCUAGCACAGAGGAAUCAAAGAAAAACACAGAAUCUGCGUCAUUGUCAGAAGAAUCUGGAAAACCCCUAAAGGGAAAUCGGAAAAGAAGAAAAAAUGGUAAAAAUGGCGUGGGUGCUACUGGAUCAAACAAAAAGCUGAAAGUUUCCAUGAAACACACUUCUAAAUAUGAUCAAGUAGAUCAAUUCAUUCUUAACAGUGUAAUGGCAGAACUGAAUCCUGCUAAUGAAGUCCAGAGUAGAGCUUUGAUUGCUCCUGCUACCACUACAUCAGCUCCAAGUAAAGUACCACUAUAUGCUUUAGAGGAUAAAAAAGAAAAAGAAGAGUUUUAUGAAUUCCAAAAUGAAACAUUCUGGAACAAGCAGUAUGCGCUUGGCCGACCUCGCUCACCUUUCUGGAUUUAUGAUCCCCAGCUGACAGCAAUAUUAUCUAUAACCCACAGAGCAACAGGAGCUAUAAUGAUGUGCUCCAUUGCUACAUUUGCUGUAGGAAUGAAUGUUUUACCACAUGACUUCAUGUUUUAUGUUGACUGGGUCAAAGGUCUAGAGUUACCAUGGUGGGUGUACUAUGCAGGCAAAGCCACUAUUGCAUGGCCAUUGAUGUACCAUUUGGGCAAUGGUGUUAGACAUCUGUUCUGGGACAUGGGAUAUGGUUUUGAGAUGCGUAACUUGUACAGGUCUGGCUAUGCUGUAUGCUUAUGGUCUGUGGUUGCUGCAUGGGGACUAGCUGCUAUCCCAAUCAGCUAAAUAUAUUCAUGACAUUCAGUAUUGCAAUGAAUUAAUGCUGACAGCUGUGGAUUCCUAGAUAACUGCAAACUUUGGUCAGAUUUGGUUAGAAAAUCAACAUAGAAGUUGUCACAAAUGAAUAAUAAAUUUGCUGAUGUCUGUCAGUUCAGUUUUUUUUGGAGCAAUUACAAAUUGUUAUAUAGAUUCAAGCCUUGAACAUUGGUAUUCUCAGAGAGCUCAGUUUUAAGGUCAAAGUUUCUAAAAAUGCUUUGGACUGAUUGAAAUUGUGCAUAAAGUACUAAUAAAGGGAAUCAAGACAUUUGGGUGGGCAUUGAGGCAGUCACCUCCACUGCCUCUGUGAAUUUAGAACUCUUUCUACACAAGUUAUGGACAUCACAUAAUUGGCAUUCUAUUUGACACAAUCUUUGGUACAGUCAUUCAUCAAAAUAUUCAGUUAUUGUAUUUGCUGAUAGUACAUUAUCAUAGCUGUUCCCUACCAAUACAGAAGACAAAAUUGCUCAUUAAUUAUACCUGAAUCACAUCUUAAUAAAAAAAUAUCACCAGACGCAAAAUAAGAUAAUUCAAUGAUGUGUAUAUUGCAAGUCUUGGUUGGGCAUGCUGCCACACAGAUAAUCGCUGGAAACCAGCUGUCAGCAUCUGUAAUUUGCAAUAAAUGACCAAGUUUUGUUUUGUAUAAAAAGACCAGUGUUAGAUGCACAGUACUUUAUGAUGGUUACUUGCUUGUUAGUAUUAAACACUAAGUUAAACAUAGUCUUGUACAGUUUUCCAAUAUUCCUGCAACAAAUGUUUUCUCAAGUAAAUCAACAACUUUUACAAAAACUGAGAUGAAAUUUUUACCAAUAAAAUUCUAUUCAUGUUAGCUGGGAUGCACAGAAAUCUUGAUAGAAAACAUUCAUUUUGGAAUGGGUUGUGAGCCACACCCGGCAGUGGCUCUAGAUAAGAAACCUGUUAUGGUGCGUGUGCUCACUAUUUUGAUUUACUUAUUUAUGAUCGUAGUGAUGGUAUUCUGGCACAAUUCCACAGAGGAUUUUUUUUGUAGAUACUAGAAAUUUGAUGUCCUGAUUAUUUUCGCCAAAAUCUAUGUACUGUGAUUGGGAGUGUGUUCCCAACGUGAUUGUCUUGAUGUAGAUGGCUUAAGCUAAAAGUUAAUAAAAGUGGAUUGUCUUGUA